UUACACAAAUCUAAAUUUGGGACGACUUAAAGUCGAUUGGCAAUUCUCUAAGGAAAAAUGACAAUCAAAUGAACGACACAGCAAAUGCUGAAGUGCCAGGUUAUGUUCGAUUCGGCAUAGCUGGUUUAAGCGGGAUGGGAGCCACCUGUAUUGUGCAGCCGUUAGAUUUGUUAAAAACUCGAAUGCAGUUGAGUGGUGAGGGAGGGAAUGAACGAGUGUACAAAACAUCUUUACACGCUCUGAGAACUAUCGUUAGACAAGAAGGUGUGCUCGGACUGUACUCUGGGUUGACGGCCAAUCUGUUCCGACAGGCGACUUGCACAUCUUGCCGCAUAGGGAUAUAUCAAGUAAUGGUAGAUCAUAUGAAACAGUCCAGCUACCAACAGAACUUACUUAGUGAGAUAAAAGCGGGGAUCAUCGGUGGCUUCUUGGCAGCCUUUAUAGGGACACCGUCAGAUGUCGCCCUAGUGCGAAUGGCAGCAGACGGACGUCUACCCCCAUCCAAGCGACGAAACUACAAGAACAUAUUUGAUGCUUUGAGACGGAUUGCUGCAGAAGAGGGUGGUCAUGGAGUAUUUUCUGGAUUCAUACCAGCUACACUCCGAACAAUGAUAGCAAAUACUGCUCAAUUGGUCAGCUACAGUCAGGCCAAGAAAUUUCUUCAGAGUAACGGAUACAUGAAGGACGACAUAAAGUGUCAACUAGUGAGCAGUCUUUUCUCUGGUUUUGUGUAUACUAUCGCAGUUUGUCCUCUGGAUGUUGCAAGGACCAGGAUGCAGUACAAGAGUACUGAAACAGAAAAUCUGAUGUAUAACCACAUAGGAGACGCCUUGGCAAAAACAGUCCAGAAGGAGGGUGUGACCGCCCUGUGGAAGGGAUUCGUUCCUCUCUACACACGCUGCGCUCCGCACACACUACUCCUAUUUUUACUCUCAGAACAGCUUACCUUGUCAUAUUCAAAUUAUAUGUUUUUUAAUUUGUCGUUGGUUUUCUUUGUGACAUUGAAACUAUCUAACCGAUUCUUCAAGUUGACAGUUACCUUACUUAUACCCGUUAUAGUAGGAUACCCUGUGGAGUUAAGUUUUUCUGAAGCUUACCAAAAUAUGGAUUAAUGGAGGUUUCUUAAAAAUCUAAAUUUAAAUGUUGUGUGCAAAAUUUUAAUUA